AUGUCGUUUAUUCCAUAUCAACCAAACCAGCAAGAACAAUGUGUAGAUGAAUAUACUACUUCUGAUGAAGAAAUUCAUGCUCAGUAUAGUGUAAUGAACGUUACUACUAAAGAUAGCAUGGCUGAUGAUGAGUUGGAAGAAAUAGAAGACAACUUUUCCAAUUUGAUACUUGAGGAGGAAGACUUUCAGCUAGAAGAGGGUUAUCUUGUACCUGAAGCUGCAAAGAAGGCAAGUAUUCCUCCUUUCCCAGAUUUAAGAAUCUCGGUCAAUGCAGUUUAUAAGCAUAUGAGGACAAAAUGUAAUUUAUAUUUAAGGAGAGCUGAGAUUCUUCGUGAAGAACGAGAUCCUGAUACGACAAUUUGA